AUGUCUCCCGGAAAAACAAAGGACGAACUCAGAAUCUUCACCCCUGUUGGCCAAUUUGGCCAGGGCUGGAAUGAAAACGUCUUUUGGGACACUGUCGAGUCUGGUGUAGACGCCAUCAUCGCCGAUGCUGGCUCGACUGAUAGUGGGCCUGGACGUCUAGCACUCGGAAAGACUGCAGCCUCUCCGGAAGGCUACAGGAGAGACUUGGGGGAACUGGUCAAAGCUUGCCACACCCAUGGAGUCCGCUGCCUCAUUGGCUCUGCUGGCGGUUCUGGUUCCGACGCCUUCGUCGACAUGAACACUCAGAUUAUCAAAGACAUAGUGAAGGAGAAAGGCUACCGCCCCAUGAAAGUCAUCAGUAUCUACGCCGAGAUACCGAAAGACCUUGUUCGCGAGAAGUUCAAGGAUAACCUCGUUAGCCCGUGUGGACAGGGUGUCCCCGACCUCCUGGAGAACGACAUCGACACUGCAACGCGCAUUGUCGCACAGAUGGGGUUGGAGCCUUAUGUAAAAGCAAUGAACGAGAACCCGGACUUUGACAUCAUCAUCGGAGGUCGAUCCUACGAUCCUGCUCCGUACGCUGCGUUCUGCAUUCACCACGGCUUUGAGGAUCUUGCUUUAAACUAUGCUAUGGGCAAGAUCAUGGAGUGUGGUGCACAAUGCGCUAUACCGAAAUCAAGAGAGUGUCUGGCGGUUGUCCGUCACGACAGCUUCGACCUCAUCCCGUGCCAGCCAGGAGCACGGUGCACUCCUCUUUCAGUCGCUGCCCAUCUCUUGUAUGAGAAGAGCAGACCAGAUAUCCUGCAAGGGCCAGGUGGUGAGCUUCAUACCCGUGAUAUGGCGUACGAGCAGAUAGAUGUACGUACGGUGCGAGUCCGGGGUCCCAAGUUUAUCCCACAGCCAGACGGUGAGUAUACACUCAAGCUGGAGGCUGCGCGCGUCAAUGGCUAUCAGUCCAGUUUUGUGGGGGCUUUCAGAGACCCAAUCCUUAUCUCACAGCUCGACACUUGGAUCCCAGCCGUGAAAGAAACGGUGAAAAGCAGAAUGUCCACCGACUACGCAUAUGAGACGAAAAUUAUCACUUACGGUAUCAAUGGCGUCAUGGGAGCUCUCGAACCGAACAAGAGUCUCCCGAAGGAGGUUUGCAUUGUCGUCCAAUGCAGAGCACCCUCGCAGGAGCAGGCAAAUGAGGUGGCCAACAGGACCAAGAUGGGUUUGACUCAUGCCCCGUAUCCGGGCCAGCUCGCAACUGCUGGAAACUUCGCUUGGCCUAUCACUCCUUGCGAAACACCCAUAGGUCCAGUACCCGAAUUCUGCAUGUACCAUCUCAUCCACAAAGCCGAUCCUGUUGGGCUCUUCCCUAUCAAGGUGGAGGAGUUCCAAGGAUCUAACACGUUUGUCGAUACUCCUCGUGAAAAAGUCGUCACGAAAGCCGACGCUGCAGUCGCAAACAUCAAGACUCCAGCAAAGGCUGUCGGGCAGCCAAGAAAGUAUUACCUGCAGCCCGAGCCGCCUGCCGGAACGUGCUAUCUUGGAGAUGCUGCCUCUGUUUGCCGCAGCAAAAUCUCAGGUCCAUAUCAAGUGACCUUUGACAUCAUGUUCCAGGACGAGGAGUUGUACAGGAAGGUGAAAGAAUCAAAUCGACUGUCAGGAGCGGCUGUGGCUCAGCUGUAUAACAUCCCAGAGAGCGACAUUGUUGCGGCUUUGUGGUGGGACCCUGCAUGGGCGUUCAAAGCCACCAUUCCAAGGUAUCGCGCUUCGGCUGGAUUUGAAGAGACGGACACACAUGGUUCGCAACAGCAUGCUCCUCUUCUGUACUUGAGCCUUCCUUGGGGCAGGGAGUAG